AUGGACAAUCUCGCCACGUCGCUGCAAGCCGAAUACCCUAAAGACAAGCUACACGUCCUCGUCACCAAGAGCAACUCGAACAACUUUACCUACGAUGGCAUUGAGCUGGGAGGCGAGCGUACCGCCAAUGAGGUCGAGGAGGAGAUCAAGAAACUCGAGAAAGAUGACAUCAAGGUCACGAAGAUAAGCAUUGUCGGCUACUCGCUGGGCGGCCUGGUCGCACGUUACGUCGUUGGUCUGUUGUACUCAAAGGGCUACUUCGAUCGCAUACAACCCAUGAACUUUACCACAUUCGCGACACCACAUUUGGGUGUGCGAUCACCUCUCCUUGGACCGCACAACUACCUUUGGAACGUCCUUGGUGCCCGUACUCUGAGCACCUCUGGUCGCCAGCUCUUCACCGUUGAUUCCUUCCGCGACACGGGCCGUCCACUUUUGACUGUACUGGCAGAUCCGAAUAGUAUCUUCAUCCGUGGUCUAGCCAAGUUCAAGCACCGAACUCUUUACUCCAACAUUGUCAAUGAUCGCAGUGUUGUCUACUACACCAGUUGCAUCACUCACAAGGACCCCUUCGUCGACCUUGACGCUGUCGAUCUGCAACCACUGCCUGGCUACGAUGGUGUCUUGCUACGCCCUGAUGAACCUGUCCGCCCCAAGAUUCGAGCCUCGCUCGGCUUCUGGGCCCGCGUGAGAGCCACAAGCUGGUCCACUCUGACAGCUGUCCCGUUCUAUCUCCUGCUCGCCGUACUCAUCCCAGUCGGUAGCAUGCUCUUCCUUAUAAACAGCGGAAUCCAGACUAUUCGGUCCGCACAGCGCGUUCGCCUGCAUGAAUCUGGUGGUGCGGCUUUUGGUAUCGAGCGAUAUCGAACUAAUCUACUCCUCGAAGAAGUCCAGAAUCUCGAGGAGCGCGUUUACGAACAUGUGAACUCCGAACAAGGCCAAGACUACCUGCCUACGCCACCAUCUGAAGAUGACGAGCGUUUCUCCAAGGCCGAACACACUGGCAGCCAGUUCAAGGGACAAGAGAAAUUCCCUACGCUUGCCCUCACAUCAGACCAAUUUUACAUGAUCGACGGAUUGGAUAGUGUAGGCUUCACAAAGUACCCGGUACACAUCAGCAAAGUCCGACAUACACAUGCGGCGAUUGUUGUAAGGACGAAUCGCUGGGGCUUUGAUGAAGGCAAGAUUGUCGUUGGGCAUUGGGUUAAGCACUUUGAGGUUUAG